GACGUCAGGCGGCGCGAUAUAGGCACCGGCGUCGCCGCCGCCGGCCUCAGUAACGCACCGACCGCCGAGCAGCGCACAUCGCCUCCGCGCGCGACAUCCGAGCAGCAGUGAGUGAGUGCGCGCAGUGAGUGCCGGCUGUGAUGUGCUAGCCGCAUGAGGAUCCUGCUGAGUGAGCUGGGCCUGUCCGGCGCGUGCCUCGGCCUGACCCUGGACGCCCCCUCGCUGGACGACAAGCCUGCGCCAGGUCAGCGCCCGCAGACCACCACCGUCUCCACUUCUGUGUUUAUUUUCGCUUUCGUUGUGUAGAGCCGUAGAGCCUGGCUGUGAGAACUUUGUGUGGAACUGUUGUGACGAUGGCCCUCGGCUAGAAUGCGAGGUGCGUUGCUGGCGCCCUCCAAACACUGCGCCCUUACACAUUUCCAUCAUCCACGGCCGAGCGCCUCUGAGCCGCGCUCGCCAAGUGCCUACUCGUCUAACUCCUCCAGUAUGCUACUGCUGCAGACACAGAGCAACUACGGUUCGUCUUUCAGUGAUCUACUGUCGCCUCAGUACCACGAGGAUUCUACGGAAAUCUUAGAAGAAAAUCUCGAUCCAUUCCCGGACGUGGAGUUUCACGCUCCGAUCCCCCCUGAAGUCAAGUCUCACCGCACCACCCCCGUGAGCGAGAGCUCCUCGCCCACCCUCGCCCCGGCCCUGCCCAGCUUCGAGGAAACCUACUCUGUUCGAUACCCAAAACAAGAAAUGGCUGAAUUCGGACUAAAGAUGGACGAAGACUGCUACAACGCGUACUCGCACCCCGGGCACGCGUCGACGCAGCUGCUGUACCAGUACCACCAGCCGAGCCUGCCCUACGUGCCGGCCACGUACUACGCGGCGGCGCAGCCCUGCAGCCCCACGUUCGACACGGGCGGUGCGCCCGCCGCCGACUCGUACUCGCUGCCGCCCUUCCCCAGCGCCAUCGAGCUGCACGUGUCCACGGAGCAGAGCCGCCAGCGCCGCGCCUCGCUGCCCGUGCAGCGCUCCGAGUCCAGCAGCUCCACGGACAGCCCCAAGCUGCACGGCGCGCGCAUGCACUGCAUGCAGUCCUCCACGCCCAGCUCGGCCGCCAGCUCGCCCGGCGGGCUGCCCGCGCCCGCGCCGCCCUCGCCCAGCCAGCUGUGCGCCGUGUGCGGCGACACCGCCGCCUGCCAGCACUACGGCGUCCGGACCUGCGAGGGGUGCAAGGGAUUUUUCAAACGGACUGUUCAAAAGGGAUCUAAGUACGUUUGUUUAGCUGAAAAAUCGUGUCCCGUCGAUAAGCGGCGGCGAAACCGGUGUCAGUUUUGUCGGUUCCAAAAAUGUUUAACGGUCGGAAUGGUUAAGGAAGUAGUACGGACGGACUCGCUGAAAGGUCGCCGAGGGCGGCUGCCGUCGAAGCCGAAGUGUCCGCAGGAGUCGCCGCCGAGCCCGCCCAUCUCGCUGAUCACGGCGCUGGUGCGGUCGCACGUGGACACGUCGCCCGACUUCACCAACCUGGACUACUCGCACUACCGGGAGCCGAACCCGAUGGAGCCGGCGGUGUGCGAGGCGGAGGUCAUCCAGGAGUUCUACACGCUGCUCACGAGCUCCAUCGACGUGAUCCGCGCCUUCGCGGAGAAGGUGCCGGGCUACGGCGAGCUGUGCGCCGAGGACCGCGAGCAGCUGUUCGCGUCCGCGCGGCUCGAGCUGUUCGUGCUGCGGCUGGCGUUCCGCACGCGCCCCGACGACACCAAGCUCACCUUCUGCAACGGCUGGGUGCUGGACAAGCGGCAGUGCCAGCGCUCCUUCGGCGACUGGCUGCACGCCGUGCUCGACUUCAGCACCUCGCUGCACUCCAUGGACAUCGACAUAUCCACCUUCGCCUGCCUCUGCGCUCUCACUCUUGUAACAGAGCGCCACGGGCUGAAGGAGCCACAUCGCGUGGAGCAGCUGCAGAUGAAGAUCAUCGGCUGCCUGCGCGCGCACAUGCCGGCGGCGGGGGGCGCGGGGGCCGCGGGGGCCGGGGGCGCGCCGCACUUCAGCCGCGUGCUGGGCGCGCUGCCGGAGCUGCGCUCGCUGUCCGUGCAGGGGCUGCAGCGCAUCUUCUACCUGAAGCUGGAGGACCUGGUGCCCGCGCCGCCGCUCAUCGAGAACAUGUUCCGCGCCAGCCUGCCCUUCUAGACCCCCCCCCCUCCACACCCCUCCACCCCCGAGGACCACGCCGCCUUCACACUUCUCUACUGUCUUAGCGCCGACUCCGUUAUUUUUAUAAGUGCUUAGAGUAACAUAUUUUUCUAGAAUGUAGGUGGACGCUUCGUAGAGUUCGAUCUCCUCCGGAAUCGGUAUGUGCUAUCGUAAGAAUCAUCAUUUUAUAUGUAUAAGAAGAAGACAAUGAUAGGCGAUUAA